AUGACUCCCAAAAACAAGAAGAAGUCUCGUGGACCGGGUCAGAAAGCCAAGUCACCCGAGUCCCUUAAAGGGUGUGUUCAGAAGGCCCCUCCUUCUAAGAACGAGAGCUCAUCAUCCAGUACCAAAACUCUGGAAGCUCAUGAGUCCAAGAUCAUCACAGAGGAGAUGACCGAGCCGAGCUCCGAAGCACCUUCUUCCCAGCAAACAAAUGGAGGCACCGCUCUGCCCGCUGCACCACCAACCGCCAAGUCUGAUUCCGAAAUUGAUAGUGACGAAGAGGAUGACGAUUAUGAAGACAAUGAUGAAGACGAUGACGACGACGACGAAGAAGAAGAUGACGAUGAAGACGACGAGUACAACAUGUAUUCUGCAGAGUGGAAAGCCAAGUCGCGUGACCGAACCCGCAAGUUCGUCCUCGAAUUUCUUGACACCACCAAAAGCAAGCAUCUUGUUGACAUGAAAAUCCGCCCUCUCGUUGGCGAGAAGGAUUACACAUCCUGGCUGUUCGCGAUGGAGACCAACCUUCGCAUGCACCAGGUCUGGGAAGUCGUGGAAGGUGAUCUUACCAUGCUGGUGUCAACUGACGAUCUGUACCCAGAUCUCAUGAGAAUGAAUGACGUCGCGUGCGCGGUCAUUUAUGCCAACAUCUCCCAGCAAGUACGGGAUUGCCCAUGCGUGUUCGGUUCGCUCCGGUACAGGGACCCGGGUAUUUUGAUGAACGCCAUCAACGAGCACUUCGGCCCCGACAGCGAGGGUAUUGGGGGACAACACCAUUGA